CUGAUCGAUCGAAGAAGGUUUACCUCAAGAGAAGGGACUUCCAGUCACAUUUCGACGAAGAAGCCUACGUACAAAUCUGUCCUUGAGAGGCCACGAGUCACUGAUUUAGUAAGAAAGUGUGCGUGCCCAACAAUUGCGGAUCAGAUAGGGAAACUGGUCAGAGAUGAAGUCGUAACCUACUUCUACAUUCUCCUCUACAUCGCCCUCUCCAGCGGCCAAAUCUUCUUCAACAAG